AGGAAAUACCCUCUCAGUACCUUUUUUUGUUCUUCAUAUUAUUCUUUACCUCUCUUUUUGCUCUUUUUCUUUUCUGUUUCUUUAUCUUAUGCUUUUCGUUAUGCCAUCUUAACUGUAAAUCCGUCAACAAAUCUCAACUAAACCCAUAUUGAAGAACAGUUUCCAAGAACUUUAUGUUACUCAUUGAAAUAUGGAUGUUUGUCAUCCUCUUUCAUCUUGCUGAUCAAGUGAAAGGCUUGUCAAGGCCUUCACCUCGGUUAUCCAAAGUUGAUAUCAUUCAGAACCCGAGAAUAACCAGCACAUCCAGCCAACCACUCGACAGAAGACACUUUACUUUCAACUCAAAUCAGCAAUUUUAUCACUGUCAGCAAAACUGUAAAAUAGAAUUUAUGGUAUUUGAGCAACCUAUAACAUUAAGCUUAUCACCUAACAAUGAACUAUUUCAUCCGAAUGCUCGAUUAGAGAUAUUUAACUCGGAUGGAUCAAUACAGUACGAAGAGCACUUGGAUACAACUAUACCCACACAUUAUGAAAAAUACCCCAUCUUCAAAGGCUAUGUAAAUAACCAACAGAAUAACUGGGCGAGAAUUACCUUUCGGCACGAUCUGAUAGAAAAAGAUGUUGAAGAAUUCCUGUCACCAGCAUCAAUGCCGCAGGGCAAUAUAGACAAUCAACCGUUACUAUUUGAAGGCGCUUUUCAGUUGGAUUCAGACAUUUAUCAUAUAAAGACUUCGUCUACUUAUAAGCUCGCCAAAAGAAUAGAUGAUCCUGAGACUGACCAGCAUACUUAUGGCAGUCAAACAAUGCAUAUGGUUAUUUAUCGUGAUUCAGACCUUGUUCAUGAAUAUACUAGUGACUCAUUAUUUAGAAAACGAGAAAGCGUAACAGAUAAAAAAGACACAACUACAGGUAUUCAAUCGAACGAUACAAUCAAAGCAAAUGACAGUAAUGAUGCAGUGAACGAUUUAGUAAUGUGCGCCAUGGAAGAAUUAGCCUAUAACCGAAGAAUGACAGGCACAUAUCCAAUGAACCCAAACACACCCUCUUCCGGAAAUAGUAGCGUUACGGAAUUUUCUAAUUUGUGGGAGAAAAGAGAUUUUCUUUCCAUGUCGACUACUCCAGGAAGCGGCUCUUCGCCGACAUUUUCCACCACUACCUUCACCAAUGGAUGUCCAACCGCUCGUAAAAUAGCUUACAUUGGCGCUGCUGCAGACUGUUCGUACGUCCUUUUUUAUGGAAGCACUCGUUAUGCGAAACUACAAAUGAUAAAUGAUUGGAACGUUGCUUCAGCUGUUUUCGAAAAGACCUUCAACGUCUCUCUCGGACUCAUCUAUUUGCAGCUCUCUGUUCCUGAAUGCCCAUCUAAACCCCGAUCGGACAUGAAUUGGAAUCAAGCUUGUUCCAAUUAUUACACCAUCAAUGAACGUUUGAGUGAUUUUAGUUUGUGGCGUGGUAAACGAGGAGAAGACGGUGCUGCUUUAUGGCAUCUGAUGACACGUUGCUCAACCGGUGUCAAAGUCGGCAUUGCUUGGUUAAGUCAAUUGUGCGAAACUCAAGUAUCUCAACAGAUCGAAGAAGACGGAUCAACAGAAUGGGUAUCAGGCACAGGCGUAUCCUCCAUUACACGAGAUGAAUGGAAGGUGGUCGCUCAUGAAAUAGGUCACGGUUUCGGAGCCAUCCAUGAUUGCACGGCGCACAUGUGUCCUUGUCAAGGGGAAUGUGGAUGUUGUCCACUAAGUGAUGCCGUUUGCAGUGCAGGGGAAACUUAUUUGAUGAAUCCUACCAGUAACGUUACUACUAAUGAAUUUAGCCCUUGUUCGAUCUCGGAUAUAUGUAAUGCGUUUCCUAGCAUUGGCUAUUGUUUGAAUUCACCAGAUGUACGUAAGAUUGAUGUCAACAGCAACAACCAUCAUCAUAGUUUUUCAUUAUGCGGAAAUGGGAUUUUGGAACCUGGGGAGGAGUGUGAUUCCGGUCUGACAGAUAGCGCUUGUUGUUUUGCCAAAACAUGUAAAUUGAAACCUGGCGCCUUGUGUGAUGAUUACAGUAAUCAGUGCUGCCUAAACUGUGCCAUUGCUCCUAAAGGAACCGUGUGCCGACCAGCAGUGUCGGAAUGUGACUCAACUGAAUAUUGUACGGGUGAGUCAAGUCAAUGUCCAGCUGAUUUGUAUGAUACGGAUGGAACUUUGUGUGCUAAUGGAACAAUGAAAUGUGCGUCGGGAGUAUGUACUUCACGGGAUCUGCAAUGUAUGACAAGAGGACUUCGUCAAAAUAUCAGUGAACAAUGCUCUUUCCAAAAAGACUCGUGUUUGAUUAGCUGUACCGAUCCUAAAGAUCCAAAAAAUUGCCUAAUGCUUAGUGGUAUGUUCUUGGAUGGCACUGAAUGUGGUUUAGCAGGAUAUUGUCAAAAAGGAGCCUGUGUCAGCACAGGCGCUUUAAAUACAUUGAAAGCGUGGACAGAGCAGAACAAAUCGUUGGCCAUUCCAAUCUAUAUCUUUGGCAGUAUUGCUGUAUUGAUCAUUGUUGGCUGGAUCUUCUGGUUUUGUCGAAGAAGAUACAACAGAAGGAGAGUUUUGCUGUUGAGUACAGGGGCAGUAGCCAGUGCUGACAAGGAUAAAGACAGCCGGCCAAACUCGUUGCUUAGUAACAACAUUAAUAUACCCACCAUAAGAAAUUCGCAAAUUAUACCUUACAACCAGCAUCAUGAUAUUUCUGCCGUUAACGAUUGCGAAACGACGAUAGACAAUACGAAUAACAAUAAUUCACAAGGCAUCGAUAUUUUUGAGUUAGAACACUUAUCAUCUGCCACUACUUCAACUGCUAAUAAUCUAGGGUCCGUGGGUAUUUCUCCUAUCGUCACUGCUUCAAAAACGAUAGCACCGUAUAAUACAACAAAUAUCGCUGACUUUAACAGCCUUGAAUACAAUCAUAGCAUGAACAAUAAUACUACUGCAGCAACAACUACUAUUGGUGUAAAAAAUCCCUUUUUGGGCUAUAUAUCGAAUGGUAAAAGCACUCACCACAAUGCUUCAAAUCAAACAACGAAUCAUCAUAGACGCGUCAAAUCAUUUGUACAUUAACCUAACUUAUUUUUCAUCGGCAUACCAGUUUUCACUAUUUACAAAAUAACUUAAUUAUUCGAAUCCUUCUGCAUCCUCUCUUUUUGAUGAAUUAGAAAUGCUUCGCUGAUCAUUCCUGAUAUGAACUACCC